UCCCUUCCUUUUGUUCAGUGCUCCCCAUAAAAGCAAUAGUCAGACCAUUAAGAAACCACAUGAAACUGUCUCUAACGACGUUCCUCAUUAUUCUACAUGUUUAUCAACUCCACCCACGAAACAAGUUUCUUGCAUUUUGGCCUUGCGUGUCUCAGCAAAAUUCCCAAAUUGAACAAACCAAAGAAUCAACUUUCUGCUAGGAAUAAUAAAUAAAUCAUAACCAGAGGAGGUUCUGACGGAGAAUGGGGGAAAAAGGAACGUCCCAGGAAGCUACUUGUUGCCAUGAAAGAGAAAAAGUUGUUUUCCUAUUAGUAGAAAACAGUGCCACUAACCUAGUGCAACUCAGGACGUCGUAAGCUUCAAACGUUAACAUUUUUGUGAGAUUGGAAAAAAAAACUAUACAAUGGUAACCUUAGAAAAAGAUCUCAACAAAAGCAAUUUACAUAAACUAGUGGCGAGGUCCCUAAAGGAGCCCAUCCUGGGCAAGCAAUUUGCACUGCCCGGUCGAACGGACCAUAGCCAGACCAUCGAACUGGACACCAGCCAGAGUUACAUCGCUGUGUAUACCCACCUCAAGGUUCAUGCUACGGGGAUGCCUGACCGACUGCCUACGCCGGAAGCGAUUGUGAAACAUCGUCCGGAGAAUUUAGAGGGCAAGGGCAAAUCCAACGAAAGUCGACCCAUCCGUAAUGCAAAAUUACGGGCUGAACUAGGGCUUAAAAUAUAGGAUGUAAAUUGAUCAUAAAAAUAAAUAAAUUUCAAUUUAUUUGGUGAUAAUUCCAA